CCCGGUUUUGUCGGGCCCAUGACGGCUUGGGGUUCAGGUAGCGCGCGCAAGGCUCUGGAUCUUGUGAGACUUGCCUCCGCAAAUGUUUCAGCUGCCAAGAAGUUGUGCAGCUGCAAUCCUCCUCAAGGGAAGGAUCUCGCCGUCAUGUUUCGCGCCGAUCUAGUUCCGGGGAGUGAUUCGAGCGGUACCAUUCCCAGGGUCAUGACCUUGAAUGUGAUUACGGCCUUCAGUUGUCUGCUUCUCAGCCUCGGUGUCAUGUACAUAGGCAAGCGCUUUGCGCUAAACUCUCUGCUGCCUUGGCUCGUUCCCGAGUCUUGGAUUUGUGCCUAACCUUCUCGGCAGUUUGCGAUCAUGACUGUUCAACAACGAAGCAUGUGCGAACUUCAUCGUCAUGGUUCCCUACCCUCGUACAUCUCACUUAUGGAAGCUCGAUGAUGUUUCUCACAGCGCCUACUUCACCGUUCUCGUCAAAAGAAUGGGGUUACGGUGUUCCGCAACAGAAGCUUAUGGUGGCAAUGUUAGUUCAAAUUGGCAAUGCGUGUUGUCGUCAAGGUGUUAUCCUCCUUUUACUGAAAUCUUUCUUUACAAUCGAAGCGCCAUGUGAUGGGCUGCUGACCUAUGUUGAUCGGAGUAUCCAAUCGGUGCGAUCUAUCUUUGUUGGAUCGUGGACUCUCAGCUCCUUCGGCCUCAAGUUUACCUUACAUUGUCUGCAAUUUAUGUUUACAUGUUCAAGCUUGCACGUCGUCAAUCCAGAGGUUUUGUAGUUCAGCCGUAUCCAGGACGGACGGAUGGUUCAUACAAAAUUUGCUCCCCGGGCUGCAGCAGGUUCUCUCCUUCCUCUAGAAAGGAAGGGAUAGCAACGAAGUCGGCACGAAGAUAUGCUGUGAAGUUCAUCACUUCUGCAGAAAAGCGGACGUGCCGGACGACAUGAUUGCGGAGGAAAGAAUGCACCGAGGACCGUCACGAAAGAAGAACAGUCGCAAGAGUCUUUUACAUUGUGAUUUCAGCAGCGAGAAAUCACAGCUGAAAUUGUUCGGAGAAAAUGCAGCAUGUGCCCUCUGCGGAUAUUUAUGAGGUGGGGCAACUGAAUGAGAAAGAAUCCACGGAGCUCUCGGCAAGCUGGAAUCAUUCAGACUGGGGAGUGCUCUGAGCUCCUGAAAGAGCAUAUCGAGUGUGUAGUCAAGCACUGGAAGAAUAAUUUGGCCUUUGGGCCUGAAGAUUAUCGGCAAUCAUCUGAGCGAUAUCAGGCAAGAGAGUGUUUGGAAU